CUCCCGGCGCCGCGACCAAUGGAUCUCCUCCUCUGUUUAAAUAGACUUGCCGUGUCAAUCAUUUUCUUCUUCGUCAGCCUCCCUACCACCGCCAUAUUGGGCAACUAAAAAAGGGGGCUCGUCUUUUCGGGGCGCUUUUCUCCCCCUCCCUUCUCCCCACUGUCUCACGGCUCCGCGACUCCGACCGCGGCAAGGUUUGGAGAGCAGCUGGGUUCGCGGGAGCGCGGGAUUGCACCAGCCUGGACUUGGACUGGCUUUGCCACCUCCUCCUUCCUCCUCCCCUCCCUUCCCCGCCCUCCCGCUCGCCCGUACACUUGAUCGGCGGAGACUUUAGGCUGCCUGUCCGGGGCGUCCCCGCACUCACUCCCCCAGACCCUGCGCGCUCCUGAAGCUUGGGCAGUUACUCCUUGGGGUUUGUUUCUCUUGGCUCUGAGGGCAGACGCAGGGCUUGUAAGAGGAGUUCGGGCUGCGUCGGGGCGUUUUGUUUUGUUCGAUUUUGUUUUUUUGAGAGAGCGAGCUAGGCGGUCAAGACCGGACCGGGAGGAAAAUGUCAAACGUGCGAGUGUCUAACGGGAGCCCGAGCCUGGAGAGGAUGGACGCCAGGCAGGCUGAGCACCCUAAGCCCUCCGCCUGCAGAAACCUCUUCGGCCCUGUGAAUCACGAAGAGUUAACCCGGGACUUGGAGAAGCACUGCAGAGAAAUGGAAGAGGCAAGCCAGCGCAAGUGGAAUUUCGAUUUUCAGAACCAUAAGCCCCUGGAGGGCAAAUACGAAUGGCAGGAGGUGGAGAAGGGCAGCUUGCCCGAGUUCUACUACAGACCCCCGCGGCCCCCCAAAGGCGCUUGCAAGGUGCCGGCGCAGGAGAGCCAGGAUGUCAGCGGGAACCGCCAGGCGGUGCCUUUAAUUGGGUCCCAGGCAAACUCAGAGGACACGCACUUGGUAGACCAAAAGACUGACCCGUCAGACAGCCAGACUGGGUUAGCGGAGCAGUGCGCAGGAAUAAGGAAGCGACCCGCAACAGAUGAUUCUUCUCCUCAAAACAAAAGAGCCAACAGAACAGAAGAAAAUGUUUCAGACGGUUCCCCAAGUGCUGGUUCUGUGGAGCAGACGCCCAAGAAGCCGGGCCUCCGAAGACGUCAAACGUAAACAGCUCGAAUUAAGGAUAUGUUUCCUUGUUUAUCAGAUACAUCAUUGCUUGAUGAAGCAAGGAAGAUAUACAUGAAAAAAUUUAAAUACAUAUCGCUGACUCCAUGGAAUGACAUCUGUAUAAGCA